CGGAGCCGCGCGCGCGGGAAAGCGAGGGGACCGAGCGAGUCCGGCGGAGCCGCCGCGCGCGCCGGCGGCUGUGAAGCGCUGCGAGGGUGCCGUGCGCGCGCCGCGGGGUGGAGCCCUGGGUUUCCACACCAGCCAUGAGGCGCGCGAGCGCCUGGGCCCCGCUCUGCCUGCUGCUAGCCGCCGCCGCCGCCGCUCAGCCGUCCCGGCCGCAGCCCCCGGAGAGACCUGUUUUCAGAUGUGGUGGCAUUCAUACUGGAGAAUCUGGAUUUAUUGGCAGUGAAGGUUUUCCUGGAGUGUACCCUCCGAAUAGUAAAUGCACUUGGAAAAUCACAGUUCCAGAGGGGAAAGUAGUCGUCCUUAACUUCCGAUUCAUAGACCUGGAGAGUGACAAUUUGUGCCGCUAUGACUUUGUGGACGUGUACAAUGGCCACACCAAUGGCCAGCGCAUUGGGCGCUUCUGUGGCACAUUCCGACCUGGAGCCCUGGUGUCCAGUGGCAACAAGAUGAUGGUGAAGAUGAUUUCUGACGCCAAUACUGCAGGAAAUGGCUUCAUGGCCAUGUUCUCUGCCUCUGAACCAAAUGAAAGAGGGGACCAGUAUUGUGGAGGACGCCUCGAAAGACCUUCAGGCUCUUUUAAAACCCCCAACUGGCCAGACCGGGAUUAUCCUGUAGGAGUCACUUGUAUAUGGCACAUCAUAGCCCCCAAAAACCAGCUUAUAGAAUUAAAAUUUGAGAAGUUUGAUGUUGAACGAGAUAACUAUUGUCGAUAUGAUUUCGUGGCUGUGUUUAAUGGUGGAGAAGUCAAUGAUGCUCAGAGAAUUGGAAAAUAUUGUGGUGAUAGCCCACCUGCCCCAGUUGUGUCUGAAAGAAAUGAACUUCUUAUUCAGUUUUUAUCAGACUUAAGUUUAACGGCAGAUGGAUUUAUUGGUCACUACAAAUUUAGGCCAAAAAAAUUGCCUACGACAACAGCAGCACCUGUUACUACCACAAACCCAGUAACUACAAGUUUAAAACCGACGGUGGCCCUGUGUCAACAAAAGUGUAGACGGACGGGGACUCUGGAGAGCAAUUAUUGUUCAAACAACUUUGUGUUGGUCGGAGCUGUUAUCACCACCACCCCUCGGGGUGAGAGCUUGCAGGCCACAAUCUCCAUCAUCAACAUCUAUAAGGAGGGAAACCUGGCAAUUCAGCAGGCUGGCAAGAACAUGAGUGCCAAGGUUACUGUGGUCUGCAGGCAGUGCCCUCUCCUCAGAAGAGGUCUAAAUUACAUCAUUAUGGGCCAAGCGGGUGAAGAUGGGCAAGGCAAGAUCAUGCCAAAUAGUUUUGUCAUGAUGUUCAAGACCAAGAAUCAGAAGCUUUUGAAUGCCUUAAAAAACAAGCAGUGUUAACAGGGAACUGUGUCCAUUUAAACUGCAUUCUGUCGUUGUCUUUGAAAGAUGUGUCUUCCCGAAAUAGAAAAUACCCCACAUGACUUUGCCUGGAGUGUUCUGGAGGGCUGGUCUUCACACCAUGGAGGUGUGAGACCUCCAUCUCACUGGGCCUACCCUGAGAGGAGCCGACGGCUGAAAACCUGCCGACUUAGUGUGGGGUAGGAGACUCAAGGGAUCGAGUGUUGACAGUUUGGACAGUGUAUUUGUACAUCUCUGUAAAAGGAUAUGUUAGAAUUGAGUUGUGUGAAGAUAUAAAAAGGAGAUUUUAUUAUAAGUGCAAUAUUUAUAGUGAUACUUGUUUUACCUCCAAGCAUUUGCUCCGAGGUGUUAUAUUCUUCUCUUGCAUUUUUAAGUCAGUACUUAAUAAAAUAUAUUUAAAUGAU